AAUAAUAAUCCGGAUAUUGCGUUUCAACAGCGUCACCCGGAAAAUCUAACACCGUCUUUACGGAAGCCGUGCUCGCCUUACUGUUUCUCAAUUUUAGUUUAAUUGUCAACUGGUUAAAAUAUUGCUCCGUCUUCAGCCCACUGCUCAUAUGGGAGUUAUUUUAUUCCUGAAAGUUUCAUUAUUUGGAGUCAUGUAAAGGUCGUAACAAACGUUUCUUUAGGCUAUUGCUAACAAGGCAGCUAAUGUGGCUAAUGUUUUGUGUGGAUGUAUUCUGACAUUGUCUCAAAGUUGCGUGUAGAGACGUUUCUUGAGCUAUUUCAUAAUUUAAGUACACUUUUCCUCAAAUUGUGAUGUAAUUGCGCGUGUGGGUAGCGCGGUGUAUCUGAACUGGUUGUAAUGCUAACUGAACCGUAAACCGGUUGUAUUUACUUCGUUGUUGUUGUAUGGGUUAGUCCCCUUUCCACAACAAUUAAAACGAGGCGAGCUUCAUCGGCUCACCGUGGACCGGAUUAAUGCGUGGGAUGAUGGGCAGCCAGAGUAGCCCUGUCAAGAGUUACGACUACCUACUUAAAUUUCUCUUGGUGGGAGACAGUGACGUUGGUAAAGGAGAAAUACUGGACAGUUUACAAGACGGCUCGGUGGAGUCACCCUACGCUUACAGCAGUGGAAUCGAUUACAAAACAACCACUAUACUGCUGGAUGGAAGAAGAGUGAAAUUAGAGUUAUGGGAUACAUCUGGUCAGGGCAGAUUCUGUACCAUCUUCAGGUCUUACUCAAGAGGAGCACAGGGUAUUCUCCUUGUUUAUGACAUCACUAAUGGUUGGUCAUUUGAUGGCAUUGACCGCUGGAUCAGAGAAAUUGAUGAGCAUGCCCCAGGUGUGCCCAGGAUCUUGGUUGGCAACCGACUUCACUUGGCCUUUAAACGUCAGGUUCCAACAGAGCAAGCAAGGGCUUAUGCUGAGAAAAACAGCAUGACCUUCUUUGAGGUCAGCCCUCUGUGUAACUUCAAUGUCAUCGAGUCUUUCACUGAACUGUCGCGCAUUGUGCUCAUGAGGCACGGAAUGGAAAAGUUCUGGAGGCCUAACAGAGUUUUCAGCCUCCAAGAUUUGUGCUGCCGUUCCAUCGUCUCCUGCACGCCGGUGCACCUCAUUGACAAGCUGCCGCUGCCUGUGGCUAUCAAAUCCCACCUCAAGUCCUUUUCCAUGGCCAACGGCAUGAAUGCAGUCAUGAUGCAUGGCCGCUCCUACUCGGUGACCAACAGUGCAGCCUCCGGCGGCGCAAGCAGUGGAUGCAAAGCCAACAGUAUCAAACGCUCCAAGUCCUUCAGGCCCCCACACAGUCCACCGAGAACCUCUUCAUCCUCUUCCACCAAGGGGAACUGUAAAAUAUCGUAGUG